AUGCAACGGGCCGAAUUCAAAUUUCUGAGCGGGUAGAAGUCAUAAUAAGCUAAUCUUUAUUUUUUGUUGCAAUUAGUAUAUUUAUCGAUACGUCAGAUAGCAUAGCUCAAUGUUCAUAUAAGAAUAGAGUUGAUUAUCUCAGGAUUAGCCAACACAACAAUGGUGGACGUCGAGGAUGGACAUUCGAAGCCGAACAUGGCUGAUGGAGAGGUGUAUGGGAGAAUGUCUGCUGAGCAGAUGGACCUACAGAGGACAGAGAAUGUGGCCUACCAGUACCUCUGUCAUCUAGAAGAGGCUAAAGUGUGGAUCCAGGCUUGCAUAAAUGAGCAGCUCCCAGCAACUACAGAGCUAGAAGAGGGACUCAGAAAUGGAGUUGCCCUGGCUAAGCUCGGUCAUUUCUUCUCCAAACAAACUGUCCCUUUCAAAAAGAUCUAUGAUCCCGACCAGAAGAAAUAUGAGAUGAGGGGAUUGCAUUUCAGACAUACUGACAACAUAAACCAUUGGUUGAAGGCAAUGGAAGAAAUCAAGUUCCCAAAGAUAUUUUAUCCCGAGACUACAGACAUCUAUGACAGAAAGAAUAUGCCAAGGACAAUAUACUGCAUCCAUGCACUCAGCCUCUAUCUGUUUAAGCUUGGCCUGGCUCCACAAAUACAAGACCUCUAUGGCAAAAUCAAGUUCUCAGAUGAGGAGAUCAGUGCUAUGAGGAAAGAGUUGGACAAGUAUGGCAUCCAGAUGCCUGCCUUCAGCAAGAUAGGAGGAAUUCUUGCCAAUGAGAUGCCAGUUGAUGAAGCAGCAUUGCAUGCUGCAGUAAUUGCUAUCAAUGAUGCUGUGGAGCAUGAUGAUGUGGCUGGUACCAUUCAAGCUCUGCAGAACCCUGCAGCCCACUUGGUGCAGAUCAUACCAGAAUAUGCAGAUGACUACCAGGAGAUCAUGUAUAUUGCCAAAAAUACUAAAGCUGAAAACUCAGGAAACAAAUCCAUUGAUCCAGAUGUUACAUUUGAGCCUGAUGUUUAUGAUGAGCUGCUAACACAGGCAGAGAUACAGGGAAACAUCAACAAAGUCAACACCCUGCAGGCUCUAGCAAUCCUGAAUGAAGCUGUGGAGAGUAACAGUCCAGACCUAUUGAGUAGCAGUCUCAGGUCACAUCAUUUAAACCUGAUGAAGGUGAAUACACAGUAUGCUCCCCAAUACCUGCUACAACUCAGACAAAUACAAAAGGACAAGAGGAAUAACAAUGGAGCAGAGUCAGGUUUCCUUGACAAGAAUGAUGUCCAGACUGCUAUUUUGACAGCCAACAUGGCAGGAGACUCAGAACAACUUAAAUGUGAUGCAAUUGCCAAAAUCAAUGUUGCUUUGGAGUCUGGAGAUCCAAUGCAAACACUACAAGCUCUGCAGAACCCUCACGCUCAACUCCCACAAGUAUUUGACUUUGCGGCUCCGUUAUAUCAGGAUGAAUUCUUUAACAUCAAAUCUGAGAAAGGGAAUGAACUUGAAUAUGCUGAGAUUCUGGGUGGUGUAAAAGUUUUGUCUGCUAUUGGUAAGAUCAACAAAGCUGUGGAUAUUCGCAACCCUGAUGAGAUAAUCAAAGCUCUCAGCUACAAACACGCGCACAUCAGUAACAUUGAUAAGACUCUACAGGAUAAAUAUCUCACACAUUUAGCCAAGACAAGGCAGGCGAAGAAUGAUGAGGGCCUUGGUGAUCUACUGACACAUUUUGAAAUCCAGGAAGUUGUUGAUGUUGUCAACAAGCAAGUGGAAGAGGAAUCUGACUGCAUUUCUGCUAUUGAGGCCAUUAAUGAUGCUGUGGAGAGGAGAAGAUGUAAUGAUACAUUGAAAGCCCUAGAGGUCCCCUCUGCCAAGCUAGUUGGGGUACAAGCAGACAAUGUAUCACACUACCAGGCACUCCUGGCAGAGGCUAAGCAGAAGAAAGCCAAAGAGACCAAUGAUGCCAAUGCCUUACUGUGGUUAGAUGAGAUACAGCAAACUAUACACCAGGCCAACAGCAAUGCACAGCAGGGACAGAAAAUGUCUGUUGCCAUGGCAGCCAUCAACAUAGCCAUAGAUGAUGGCAAUGUGCCAAACUUGUUGAAGCAGCUCCUUAAUGUUGACGCUGGUCUCCACAGUGUUACAGCUGAGUGUGGCAAGAAAUAUCUCAAAUACCUCACCAGGGAAAAGGCUGAAAAACAAAAAACAGGUGAUUGUGGCAGUGGUUGGAUGAUGAAUAGGAUACGUGAGGGCCACAAGUUCUACUUCAACUGCCAUAACAUGGAGUACAGCUGGGAGAGGAGGCCAGACUGCACUAAAGAUUUCUCUCUUCUCAACAAAGAAGAUAUACAGGCCAUUAUAAGUGAAGCUACAUGUGCUCAUGACCGCCAAGCUGCGUUCCUGGCCAAUGAACACUACAUUACUCUUCUACAGUCAAGGAUAAGGGGGUUCCUGGCCCGUAAAGAUUACGCGAAGAGAAAAGAUUACAUGCUUCGUCAAGUACCAGCUGCAACCAAAAUACAGAGCUGGUGGAGAAUGAUCCUGCAAAGGAGUCUUUAUAAGGAGAGACUAGCAACCCUUCACAAUAACCCUAGAUAUGUAGUCAGGAUCCAGAGCAAUGUCCGGAUGUUUCUUGCUAGAAAGAAAUACACAAGUAGACAGAGUUAUUAUAAAAUGCAUGAGGAUGCUAUAAUAAAGAUCCAGGCAUUCUUCAGAGCCAACAAAGCACGUGCUGACUACAGGAGACUCAUGUCUGAGCCCAACCCUCGUCUCAGUGUGGUCAGGAAAUUUGUACACUUGCUGGAUAGCAGUGAUGCUGAUUAUAAGGAAGAGAUAGAGUUGCAAAGGUUGAGGGAAGAGGUAGUCAACCUGAUCAAGUCAAACAAAACUUUGGAAGAAGAUCUUGACCAAAUGGACAUUAAGAUUGGUUUACUAGUGAAAAACAGAAUCACGUUGCAGGAUGUGUUAUCUCAUGACAGAAAGCUGAAGCAUUUCAAGGAAAACCCCAACAUGCUGUCAGGUAGAGGUCUCAAAGCACUCAGUCGGGAAUCCAGAGAGAAGCUAGAUGCAUACCAGCACCUGUUCUACCUUCUACAAACAAACCCUACAUACCUUGCUAAACUGAUCUUUGAGAUGCCACAGAGCCGUACAACAAAGUUCAUGGAGUCUGUCAUCCUGACCCUGUACAACUACGCCUCUAGCAACAGAGAGGAAUACUUGCUGUUUAAACUCUUCAAGACAGCUCUACAAGAGGAAGUCAAAUGUAAGGUUGACAAGAUGAGUGAUGUGGUCACAGGCAACCCAAUGGUUGUGAAGAUGAUUGUGGGAUUCAACAGGAACACUAGAGGCCAGAAUGCUCUGAGAGAGCUAUUGAACCCUCUAGUACAAAGUGUGGUUGACAACAGGAAUCUACGCAUCAACACUAACCCUGUAGAGAUAUACAAGACUUGGGUCAACCAGAUGGAGACACAGACUGGCAAAGCAUGUGGUAUGCCCUAUGAUGUCACUCUUGAGCAAGCAUUGACACAUGCUGAGGUACAGAAGCGCCUACAAGAGAGCAUAUACAACUUGCGUGUUGAAACUGAUAAAUUCUUCAAUGUUAUAUUGAGGUCACUUGAUAAAAUACCAUAUGGUAUGAGGUACAUGGCCAAAGUUUUGCGGACAGCGUUGCACGAAAAGUUCCCAACUGCCUUGGAGAAAGAUGUACUAAAAAUCGUUGGUAACCUGUUGUACUAUAGGUUCAUCAACUCUGCCAUAGUUGCUCCUGAUGCCUUUGACAUCAUUGAUGUUGGUGCCAAACAAGGUCUCUCUAAUGACCAGAGGAGAAACCUGGGUUCUAUUGCCAAAAUACUGCAGUUUGCUGCUUCCAAUAAAGGGUUUGGAGGGGAGAGUGCUCAUCUAUCCUGUUUGAAUACAUAUAUCAAAGAGGCCCAUGAGAAGUUCAAAAACUAUUUCCGUUCUGCAUGCAAUGUUGAGGAGCCAGAGCUGGUCUUCAAUGUGGACCAGUACACUGAUGUAGCUAAUGUUACCAAGCCUGUCAUAUAUAUCUCCAUACAGGAGAUCUGUGACACCCAUCAGCUGUUGUUGGAUCACCAAGCAGCUGUAGCCACUGACCCACAGGACCCCAUUCAUGAGCUCCUUGAUGAUUUGGGUGACAGACCAAACAUAGAUGACCUGAUAGGUGAAUGUAGCUGUGAUGAAGGAGGAAUUCUCAACAAGCAACAGAUGGCAAAGACAGAAGUUUCUCUUACACUGUCUAACAAAUUUGAAGUGCCAGAUGGGGAGAAUUCCGAUCAGAAAGCACUCCUUAUAAGGACCAAGCAGAUGGUUGUUGAUGUAAUCCGUCACCAGACAGGAGAUACCCUCAUGGACAUUCUUAGGGCCACUGCCACGGAUGAGAUGGAAUAUGACCAUCAGAAAUUGAUCCGGGAGAGAGAACGUCUUGCCCUGAAGGCACGUACUAGGAAAGCAAAGCUUACCAGACAACAAUCUGUCUUCUCUGAUUUAAGACUGCCUCUGGAAGGUAUGAAGACAAAGAUCAUAAAGAAUCUCCAGUCCCUAGAGAUUGCAGGAGUUAUAUCACAUAAGGAUGACUACCAGGGGCUGGUGAACAUUAUAGCACGGGAUAUUAGAAACCAGAGAUUCUACCGCAGUCGACGUAGACAGGAAACCAUCCAGCUGAAAAAUACAUCAAAGGCUUUGACGGGUAAACGUGCAUUCUAUGAGGAACAGGUUGACUAUUACAACCAGUAUGUGAAGACAUGUCUUACCAGCCUAGCCAGCAAGGAAAAGAAGAAGCGAAGCAGUUUGUUCCACAAGGAGCCUAGUAAGAAGUGUAUAAAGUAUAGUGGAGCUAGACUCUAUGAGAAGGGAGUGGUGCUAGAGAUAGAGGGUCUCCCGACAAACCAGUUCAAGAAUGUGUUGUUUGAGAUAGGGGAGGGUGUUAAUGCUGGUGUGUUUGAGGUGAAUGCCAAGUUCCUGGGAGUUACCAUGGAUGAGGCUGAACUUGUCUUCCAGGAUCUCCUCCAGCUGCAGUAUGAUGGAGUGGCAGUCAUGAAGAUGUUUGGCAAAGCAAAGAUCAAUGUCAAUUUACUUGUCUUCCUGCUCAACAAGAAAUUCUACAGCAAAACCCAUUAAGACGUUCGUUUUAUAGUAAAACUAUAGGAAGGAAAUGUCACCACAAAACAGUAUGAAAUUAUAAAAGGACUGCAAGCAAUACAUGUAGGUUGAUUAUGGAGAAUGUAGUUAUGAGUGAGAAAACACUAUGAACAACAACUUUAACUUUUGAAAUUCCAAAGUAAAUUCCAAAGGAAUUCAUGCGGCCCAAAAACUGAAGAGAACUUUGUAGAAGGCAAUUGGAGUAUUUUCAAUGAAAGUGUUCCUUGUACUUCAUGCAUUGUUCAACUAUUUAGAGUUCAUUUAAGAAGUGUUAUGAUUGUUAUUUAAAUGUACAUACAAAAAGACAAGUUUUACAAAUCUCUCAAAAUCUGUAUAUAUCCAAGAGAAUAUUUGAAACUGGUGUCUGUCUUUGUAAAUAGUUGACUCUAUAUAUGUGUGAAUGUGAUAUGUAUAAAUGUGUCUAUAUGUAGGAAUGCCUAUGUGUGUAUGAAUAACUCUACCUGUAUGAAUGUCUUUAUUCUUAUGAAUGUCUCU